AUGCCUUUGACCCCGGAGGCUGUGGCGGAGAUCAGUCGCCUGGUGGAGGAGAGCAGUCGGAAGGGGGACUUUCUGGUUCGCAAUGUCCAGCAGAUCUUUGCCGUGCUCAAACGACACUCCCUGCUUCAGCGGAUGCGAAUCCCACCCAAGGCUGUGGGAGUGCACCCAGCCAAUCGUGAUGGGUCAUGUCUGGUAGUUCAAGACGUACAUGAGUUGUUGGACAAUAUCUCCGCUGUCGGCUUCGAACCGACUCGGACGAAUCCCAUUGCCAUUGAAGCUUCCAGCGAGGCUGAGCAGGUCUUCAACAAGCAGCUGGUUGAGUCUGCAGGCGGUCAGCUCGGCCGGCUUGAACUUGGAGAGCUGAAAGUGCUCUCCCUCAGCAGUUCACACACGAAUUUUGCACUUCGGUUGGUUGCUGAUGGAGCACCCCACAAAUCGGAGGUAAUCUCGGUUCAGGGCAGUCUCUCCCUAGAGCUCGUGCAGAAGCGAGACCCGGUGCUCGCUGAGUAUGUACUCCAAGGCCUGGAGUGGACGGUCAUCGCAGCUGAAGUGGGCCAGAAGUGGCCAGACUUGUUGCAGCUGGUUCAGUCCUCAUGCAAUGCAACUUUACAAAACACGGAAUCAGAACUUCAGUUGUUGCGGCGGAUUUGUACCAUCGUGGGGCGACAGACCGGUGUGCCCGACUAUCAGACGGUCAAGAGACAAGCCCUGCACUCGAAGCCUCCGUGUGCAGAGUGCCUCCCAGGGCUGUAUCAGUUCGCACUCAGGCAUUGUGGCGGUGCGGAUGCAUUCUUUCUCGCCGAGACUGAGAUGUUUCUUCGCAGUCACGGCCAGAGCAAGGGCAUGGGACCUUCCUUCUGGGAGAAUGUGUCGGCGGACUUGAAGAAGGGCGACCAAGUGACCUUCUUCAGGCAUGCUUUGGUGAAGCUUGCACUGAGCACCAAUCUGGUGACUGCCACAUCUGUCAAGAAGGCAUUGGCCAAAGAUGCCCUUCCCAAGGCCAUCAAAGCCGACGAGGCAAUGUCCAAGAUUCGCAGCAUGCUCACCGGAGCCGGUGUGCAGUUGAUGAGCGACACUCGGCUAGUGAAUCUCUUGGGGGUCACGGAUUGCACGAUGGCGAAGCUCGUCUUGGGCCUGAGCCCUGAGGACGACAAGAAGUACAAGGCCGUGGAAGCAGUGGCCCAUGAUUGCAUCACGGUGGCGAAUGGCCUGCUUGGGACAGCUCUGGUGUCGCCUUGGGCGGGCGAUGCGGAAGUGAUGGAUGCAGGGCUGCAGCAGGAGUCUUCGGGGUCCCAGGGGGUCCAGGAAAGACUCCGGGAGCUGAAUCCAGACGGCAGCCUCAAGAAUCCGCUUGAGCUCCUCAGUGCUGAGGGCUUCAUCGUUGGUGCCUGCAUCAAGAAGAAGGGCGAGAAGUUCGAAGGCCAAAUCGGCGCCAUGGACGACAGCAAUGUCACCGUCAAAGAUCUGAAGUCCGGUGGAGUCUUGAAGGUGCCGGCGAGAGAUUUGCUGAACUCGGGCUGGAUGGUUUUCAAGCCGAAAGUGGAGCCCGAGUCCAUUGCUACUUUGCAGUCCAUGGGGCCCAAGAAGAACAACGAUUUCUUGGCCGGCUUGGUGAUCGCUGAGAUUCAUCAGGCAAUGCAUGAGUUGGUCAAGACCCACGAUUCGCAGAAAAUUCUCGAGGGCUUGUCUCUGCAGCUGAAGCCAUGCAGAGCUUUGGUGAGCCAGCAGGUCUUCGGGAAAGGCAAGCUCAUCUUGGUGCCAUACAGCUGGAAGGUUUGCACGAGGAGCCCGAAGCCCGAGCCCAUGGCGAAUGCGGUCCAGGUGCAAACCAAGUGGAAGCUCGACGAUCGUGAGUUUUGGUUGCAGAGCUGCAACUCCUUGCCGAAGGAUAGCAAUCCAGAAGUCGGCAAACACUUCAUCUCGCCGUACUUCUUGGUCGGAUCUUGCGAAGACGAAGAUUCCGCCAACAUGGUUCAGGUCAUGUCCGGGACCGUACAAUCGUCGGUUCGCAUCCCAAUGUUGAAGAACAGCAAGGAGAUUGGCACGGGGACUGCCCUGCAUAUCCUGAAGGUGAAGCAGGCUGACGAGGAGGAGCAUGCCCCGAAAGCCAAGAAAGCCAAAACCACCAAGAAGUGA